AUGGGAAACCCCAGCGUCGCUGGUCCAUCGACCCGGCCGUCAAUCCCUCUGCUGUUGCUGCUGCUGCUCGCACUACUCCAUCCGGCCCUCUCCGCCGGCGUCCACUACAACAACUGUCCAAACGUCCGUUUGUUCCCAUGGCUGGCAAGGCUUCGUGACUCCGCCAUCGAGCAUGUUUUUGGGCGCCAUCCGUCAAAGGCCGCUGACCAGCCAUCGGAUGUUGCCCAAAUCCCGCCGGCAAAGUAUGCCAACGAGCUCGUUCUCCGUUUCAACAUUAGCACGGCCGAUGAAGAAACGACCCUCUCCGAGGCCGCCGCUCGGCUCUUCCUCGACGUAUGGGCCUUCACCGAUGACUUCGUCGACAUACGCCUCCAUGCCGACGAGGUGGCGCCUCUCCUCGGUCUCCUCCCGCAAUCUCUCCGCUCGUCUCAGUCGACCUUGAUCUCCGACCUCGCUGCCGCUGUGCAUCAGUCCUUGCCUUCGAAUGGUCGCCCGGAUACCGUCGAGGCCGAGGCUGUCUCUCAGGCACUCCUCACACCGUUGGCGCCCGAAGACAACCUCUUCUUCCACGAUUACCAGCCGCUUCCUGUCAUUAUCCGCUGGUUGCGCCUGCUCGAGGCUAUGUUUCCCUCGUAUGUCAGUUACGUCACAGUGGGCAAAUCAUUCGAGGGCAGAGAUAUACCGGCCCUGCGCGUCGGCUUGUCCGACCUGUCCGAUUCCGAUGUCCCGCGAAAGACGGUUGUCGUCACCGGAGGCCUCCACGCGCGUGAAUGGAUUUCGACCAGCACCGUCAACUACUUGGCUUGGUCGUUCAUUACAUCGUUCGGCAAGGAGCGGAUGAUUAGGAAGCUACUCAGUAAUUUUGACAUGGUUUUUAUGCCCGUCAUCAACCCGGAUGGUUUCGAAUACACGUGGAAAACAGAUCGUCUGUGGCGCAAGUCCAGACAGCCAACGCGGAUACGUUUUUGCCGCGGUCUGGACCUUGACCACGCGUUCGGCUUCGAGUGGGACGACUCGCAAAACCAGAGCGACCCUUGCUCUGAAAGUUACGGUGGACAAGAGCCAUUCCAGGCUGUCGAGGCGAUGCAGCUCGCCAAGUGGGCUCGCAACGGGACCCUUAACAAGGUCCAGUUCGUGGCAUUCCUCGAUCUUCACUCCUACUCUCAGCAAAUUCUCUUCCCCUUCUCGUCCUCGUGUGCCGUGGACCCUCCGAACCUGGAGAAUUUGGAAGAGGUCGCCACAGGCAUCGCCAGAGCUAUCCGGAUCUCGAACGGAGAGCCGUACGCAGUCGCUCGGGCCUGCGAAGGCGCCGUGGCGGCCAAGGAGCCGCGCCGGAACAAGCCGCAGUCUCGUAUCGAUUACCAGAUCAAGCUCCGAGAUACUGGCACUUAUGCCUUUCUUUUGCCUAAGGAGCAAAUCAUACCGACCGGCGAGGAAAUGUUCAAUGCCAUGAAAUACCUGGGCGACUACCUCUUGGGCAACAAUGGGAUCGAGCGAGACUGGGCAAAAGAGGCGGGCGGAGAUGACAUGGACAGCCUCGGAAUCGGCGACGACGGAGCAAGCAGCCCAGAGCUCAGAAAACGGAGAGUUGCUCGCAGGUAA